UAUAUCCAACUGAGAUUAGUGCAAACCCCCCAAGUGACAUUGAUUUGACCGGAGACCAGAAACACGAAAAUUUUCCUAUUGAUCGCUGACAACAAGAAGAAUCGUUGGAUUAACAACAAAGUCCCUAAAAAUAAUUUCAAUUCGUUCCCCGUUUGCCACAAACUGUCACUCGAUUAUCGUUCCAUUUUUUGCUCAGUCGGUAGGAAUUCGCAAACAUUUGCAUGUGCCACACUUAUGCAAAGACAGCGUGGUGCAGUUCGUUAUUCACUCGAGUCGAGCCGGCAGAAUAUUUUAAAACUGGUUUCACCCGAUGGUAACGAUAGCCAUAAGAAAGUGCACCAUUUCGUUAAAGUGAGAGUUUGUCGUUAGUCACACUCUGUAAUCGAUGCAUUCGACCCGUCUUCUAGUCGGUGCGUAGAAAACAAAAACGUUAUUUUUCGUGCAUAUUUUCACGGUUACGGUUCGCUCAAACGGUUCCAUCUCCCUCUCCGGCAAUCGAAAUGGUAUCCAAGAGGGAUCCCACGGCCUGGCUGGAUAAUGCCUUCUUCGAGAAAGUGCUCAGGCAGGCUCUGGCCGACAAGUCCAUCACGGUCGAAGACUUCUUCAUCAGCCUGAACAACGACUCCAGUACGCAGUACGCCAGCACAAUCUACCGGGCAACGGUCAGCUACUGGAUCAAAGGCAAGGUCGAACAUAUUGCUCUGGUCGUCAAAUUGACUUCUUCGAAGGUGAACAAGCUGGCCGAUGCAAAUUCGUUCCAGAAUGAGCUUAAUCUGUACAGAAAUUAUAUCAGUCGAAUGGAGGAUUUGUUGGAACAGGCAGGAUACUCGGAUCAACAUCUCGCCCCAAGAUUGAUAUACGCCUCAACUGAUCCUCAGCCUGUGAUGAUCUUGGAAGAUGUGACUCACAAACACUACGAGCAAUACAAGAAUUCAAUGAAUUUUGAAGAUGCUAAAGUAGUGGCAGAGAAGUUAGCCAGGUUCCAUGCAGCUUCUUUCUGUCUAUUCAAGGAUGUCGGGGGUAAAAUUUCCGACGAUCAAUUCAGUGGUCUGUUCAAGGCAAAGCCCAAUCAAGGCGUCAAAUUUAUGGAAGAGAACUUCGGUAUUUUUGCCGAGGAGAUCGCCAAGUGGGAAGGCUUUGAGAAGUACGCUGAAAAGGUGGAACAACUUCUACCGAACUUCCUGCAGCGUGGAAUAGAUAUCUACAAUCCCGAAGUCGAGAGCUUUUCUCUCAAGGUCCUCAACCAUGGAGAUUUCCACUACAACAACAUGCUGGUUAAGUUCGACAGUGAACGGUCUGCCGUUUUGGAUGCUCUUUUUGUCGACUUCCAGCUCAGCUUCUGGGGCACGCCAGCCGUUGACCUGUACUACCUGCUUUAUCUGGUUUGCAAUCGGGAGGCACGUGACAACAACCGACAGGAGCUUAUCUACCACUACCACCAGAAGCUGACAGAAACCCUAGAGAAGAUGGGUCACAUGGGUGCCACACCCACGCUGCUAGACCUCAACAAUGAUCUUCUGCGAGCAGGAUUCCUAGAGGUGGUGAUCGUUGUGUGUUUUAUUCCAUUUUUGUUUGCGGAUUGCAACGCAGCCCUCAAGGUGUUUCGGGAAACAAACGAUGCCAAGGCGUACCGAAGGCAGCUAUACAGCAACCCGCAAUACCGAGAGAUACUGGAACCACUGUUGCCAUACUUUUUGCAUAAGGGUUUCCUAGAGUAAUGGUCCAAUGGAAAUUGAUGUUUAAGGAUAAGAAUUAUGAUCUACGAAAAUGUACUGAAAAGGAAAGACAAAAAAAUAAUAAAGCAUUUAUUAAUUA